AUGCGAUCGGAUUCACUCGAGUCUCCAUAUCGACCGAUUGCAUUGGAUAUCGGAGCGGAGGAGAAGGCGCGUAUGGAUGAAGGCUCAACCUGGCGCCCGGACUGGCUGCGACCUUUCGUUCUCGCUAUCUUUUCAGGCCUAUUCUCUGGUGCCACAGUCGCCCUGUUCAUCAUGUUAUGUUACUCCCAUAAGAACGAUGGAUUGUUCAGGACUGAAUCCAAGUUCACCUUUGUGUGGAGAUUUGGUCCAACCGCAGUAUUCGCCAUUGUGGCGGGUCUUUGGGCAAGAGUUGAGCUUCAGUCUCAGAGGUACAUGCCCUGGAUUGUUCUAUGCAAGAGGCAGUCCACCAGCGACGUUGACUACACCCUGGAUUACACGUCAAUGAUGUCACCGACUCUCAUCUACCAGUCCCUACGCCGAAAGCAUUUUCUAGUGUUCUUGACCACACUCGUCUCUCUCCUUCUCAAAAUACAGAUUGUCCUUGUGCCAAGUUUGUAUCAACUCGGAAAGGCUGGAGUCUCACAGUCUACUCCCGUGCGAAUCCUUGAUACUUUCAAGGCGUCUGAUGAAGAAUCAGAGACUGCGAAUCGUGCUUCGUCAACCCUGGCAUUGAACAAUUCCAGUGCGUACUAUGUCGCCCGAGCUAUUCACGAUUUCAACUCAACUUACCCGUUCGGUGUGACUGAAGACGCCGCAUUUCAACUCUUUGAACCAAGGGGCAGUACAGACGCGCAAAUCACGGUCCUCGUGGAUGGCUUCUUUACGGACAUGCACUGCCUGAAACUGGAAAGCUUCAAGGUGCUGCCACCAACUAGCUCCUUUAAUCUUACCCUCAACUUUGAAGGGUGUCACGAUAUACCACACCGAAUCCAGGAAAAAAACGAGGAGACUGCAUGGGAGAUCGGCCCUCCCCUUAAUCGUGGCCGAGCGUGUCGAAAUAUUCCUCAGCAGAAUCCGCAAUACAUAUUCUCUGCUGUCACCAUGAGAGGCACGUCCGAAAACCCAUCUCCUGCUGAGAUUGUUGCCUUUGCAGCUGUUUUGUGUUCCCCAACUGCCUGGACCUCAAAAGUUGAAGUUGUGGAUGACGGGAUCAUCUCAAGUCUUAGCCUACCGGCAAAAGAAUCUCGAACACCGCAUAACGUCGACGUUUGGGCCAUGAUCGAACGAUCUUUACCAAUAAAGCUUGGGUCUACCGCUAGUACCGGCUUGACUGAUUACUCAUUUAAUCAUGGCUACUUCAAGUACGGACCUGCUGGAGUUUGGGCGCAAUUUCAAAGCAAAAGCAAAGCUGCGAAUGACCAGAGCGUUCUGCUGAAUACAACCGAGGUGCUGUACGAGUCCAUGAUCGGUCUGGUCAGAAAAUUUGGUCCCCUCGCUGGCCACUACAGUCUACGGCGAGAUGAGAAUGCGGAAGCCAUGGGUCAUAAACAGACGCAAGUUGAUAAGUUGAAGAUUAGGUACCGGAUCGGUUACCCAAUGACGUCCCUUUUCGCCCUUAUCACGUCAAUCAGCAUCUUCAUCCUCAUUCGCUAUAGAGAAGAGACUACGAUAUGGAACAGAAAUCCAGCAACAGUUCUAGGCAAUAUGCUUUUCUUCCACAAUCGCGGGCAGCUUGUCGAUCACAAGUCAUACUUUGAGCAAAAGCACACAGAGGCUUGGCGGGGCCAGAGCAGGUUCGUGCCCGCCAUCUUGAGAAUAUGGGUGCAGACGGCUUUCACUUUCGCAAUCCUCGUCAUUAUUGCAAUUCUUCUACACACCAUGAAGUUAUCAGAGGCAAAGAAUGGGCUACCAGCAACCGAGGGUGACAAUCACCUGCUCUGGACCUCAUUACCAACGCUCAUCAUGCUUGGUGUUUCCCUCUACACAGCAUCAUUCAACGCAUCGCUCAGAGGUCUAUUCACGCUUUACAGCCUCUCAGAGGGGCCAUGCCACCCGCAUCAGUUGGAAACCACGCUCCUAGACAUGCUGGGGCUCCGAGCCCUGUUUAUAGCGGUCCGGCGAAAGGCUUGGCCAGUCUCACUCUCACAAGUCUUGGCAAGUCUCUGCGCGAUCUUGACGACCAUCGCAUCUACAUUGUUCACAGUGGAGUCGGUGCCAAAACGAGUCGAAUUUCAGCUGCGACAAGAGAGCUGGUUCGGUGAAAGACCAUCGGAAACUAAUGCUCAGUAUUACUGGAACAAUCGAGCGUUGGUAGGAAGCAUGGCAUUACUAAAAGGGGCAAAUCUAACGUAUCCGGAAAACACGUUUCGUGACCUAGCUUUCCCCGUCAUUGGCGAUCUGCCACCAUCAGUUGUGGGGGUAUCUGAGGGCACUCCAGUCGAAGUAACCCUACCGGGAGCGACAUUGGUGGCGCGCUGUGAGAGCCAGGCACUCAGCACCAGCAACCCAGCAGAAAAUGAUCCCGCGUGGCUCUAUACCGUGCAGAUUCCAGUUACCUGCUCUGAUGGGACGUCAGAUAUAAUGAAUACUUCCGUUGCUAGGCCCAACACGCCUUCUCAAAGCUCGAAAGACUAUUAUUUGGCCUAUUCAGAAAUCCUGGGAUUCGAGGGAUCUAAUAAUAACAGCCCAGUGUGUGGCCUAGAGGCUUCCCACAACCACAGCGUCUUAGACUCUGCGCCUUCGGUAUCCAAGGUCUAUUUUUGGGGCAACUGGGACUUUGAAAGGCAUGAUUUAGGGUCGUUUCAAGCCUGGCAGUGUCGCUAUUCGUGGGAAAAAGUGAUGGUGUCCGUCGACAUGGUCAUCAUCAACGGCAAGCUAAUGAUAAACCACAACAACCCUCCCCGGCCCGAUCGCUCGACGUUGGAACCGUGGACCCCCCCGAUAUCGGUGCCUUAUCUUGACCCCCAAGCCGAUGGGAUUGGAGCUGAAGAGCUCGGCAACGCUUUCCCCGAGGUGACUCAAUCGCUAGAAUCAAAAUCAUGGUUCAACGCCUUCAACAUACUCGUCCCACCAUACGGCCAGGUUCCCCUAGAAGCCUUCCGUGAUGCAAACCAGAGGUGGAAGAUUCUAGAGGCCCUAAACUCCAAUCGUGCUCUACUCAGUGCACAGAUAAUCAACAUUGAGAAUCGGCUGAGCGUCAAAGAAAUGUCUCCUCAGGGGCUGGAGCCACUGAGCGCAGUCCUGAUCGACAAUGACGUGCGCCGGCUCGUCCAAAACCCUACGUCGACUUACCUGCUCGUGGGAAUCCUCGGAAUCGUUGGCAUUGUUCAUCUAUUCAUGCUUUUUUCAUCGGUUUUGCGACGCUUCACGGGGUGGCGAAAGGGAUUGCUCGACAUGGAUGUCAGAGGGCUGGCCCCUGAUGGGUUCAGCAGCAUCGCUAUGAUGGCCGCGCUCCUAGACGGUUCAAAUUUCUCGACACACAGCCCCAAAACUUCUCAGAACCGAUUGCGAGAAGAAGCUUCCGACAUGUUGUCACCCUUUCGCUUUCGCAUGGGUUGGUUUCGAAGAGAGUCUGAUCAAGUGAGGCACUUUACCAUUGGAGUUGUGGAUGACGAUGACUUUUCAUUUCUGGGCAGUAAGGAAGAUUGGGAAAAAUGGGAAGCUUCGGAAGGCGAAGAAGGGCCGGACAAUGAGUGUAUAGCCACAUCUACUUUCACGGACUAG